ACUCGAGAUAUGUAUGUUAAAUAAGUAACGUUAGAAAAAUGUCUGAAGUUGAUUUAAUUACUGAACAGCGGGGAGCCAACGGCGAAGUUAUUUCAUUUGUUGACCAUGAUGAUCAAAUCUUACCGUUGAAUUUAGAAAAACCGAAGUCUUUUAGAAAAUUCCGCAAAUUCUACAACAUUUUUGAAGAAGUGAUACGUCCCAGGGGCUAUCCAGAUUCGGUUAGUGAAGACUAUUUGAAAUACCAAAUCUGGAAUACUCUGCAAUCUUUCUGUAAUACAGUGAGUGCGUCUUUCAAGACCCGGACAGUGCUAAAAAGUGUGGGUGUUGGUGAUAGUAAUGCCAAUGCGCUCUCUGCGGCCAUAAUCUGGAUAUUAAGAGAUGGCACGGGGAUGAUUGGCAGAAUUUUGUUUGCCUGGUGGAAAGGGUAGGUAUCAGCAAAGUUCCAGAGCAAAUAAUAGCUGUAGGCACCCAGAAAGUUCACGAGUAUUCUGGAAUUAUUUUUCUUAACGGCCAUAUUGAUUCAAAUUCUAUCUCGUCGAUGACGUCGUCUGCGAACUAACUGGGGUUUAACCAGGCAAAAGCAACACCGGUUAAAAUCUGGCAAUAGUGCCUAGUAGCUGAUUUCUAACCUAACACUUUUGAAGUGUUUUUGUAAAUAUUUAUGUUUGUUUGCUAAAAUUACAAAUUUUUUUUUAAACUGGGAAACAUAAUGUCAGACGUUGAUCUGAUUAUCAGCGAACAGUGUGGAUCUACAGGCGACACAGUUUCAUUCGUUAAAAAUUCAAAUGAAAUAAUCCAAAUUAAACCCAGAAGAAACUUCAUUUAUAACUUGCUGGGAGUGUAUAGUUUUCUCAAGGAAGUGAUUCUUCCUAAUGGAUAUCCCGAUUCAGUCAGCAAGGACUAUUUGGAGUACCAAAUAUGGGACACUUGCCAGGCAUUUUGCAGUACCAUAAUAGGAGCCUUUAAGACAAGAGCGGUUCUGAAAGGUGUUGGUGUUGGUGACAGUACUGCUAGUGCCCUAUCGGCCGCAAUAACUUGGAUUUUAAGAGACGGAACUGGCAUGUUUGGCAGGAUUUUAUUUGCCUGGUGGAAAGGAAGUGGACUUGAUUGUGAUUGCAAAAAAUGGCGCUAUUUUGCAGACAUUCUGAACGAUGCAGCUAUGUUGGUGGAACUUUGUUUGCCAUUCUAUGCAAGCAUAUCAAUGCAAGUGCUUUGCGUAACAUCGACUAUGUAUGCUAUUGUGGGAAUCUCAGGCGGAGCCACUAGAGCGUCUAUAACUCACCAUCAAGCCAUCAGAGAUAAUAUGGCUGAAAUUUCGGCCAAAGAUGGUACACAGGAAACUAUAGUUAAUCUCAUCGGCAGCUUUGGGAGUAUAUUUUUGCUCAACUACUUCAGUUCAUCUAGAGCUGAGUGGAUUUUAAUCAUAUCACUAAUGGUGUUGCACUUGUAUACAAACUUUUUGGCGGUAAAAGCCCUGAUAUUCAACACAUUUAACAGAGAAAGACUAGCACUGGUUCUAAAAUCGUACUUUACGAUUGGAUCUGUUUUGAACCCAGCGAAAGUAAACGUAAAUGAAUCUGUCUUAUUGGGAUUUGGACUGAAUGUAAAGCGUAUGUGUGGAUUUGACAUCGUUUUGGGCGAGUCUAUAAAAAAAUCGCUCAACGAUUAUGCAGCUGCAGAUAUAAAACUACUCCAGUCAGUCUACAAGGAUAAAAAAUAUAUGCUGCUAGUGAAUGGGACCAAAAAGAAGAUUUAUGUAUGUUUGGAGAAAGGCGAAACUGCAGCCGAUGUUAUAGCAGGUUAUUUCCAUGCUGUAUGCUUGGGAAUUGCAACCAGUAUUUAUAAUAGUUUGGACUUAGACAUCUAUGCAAGGCGACAAUUACAUCACCCGACGCCGAUAACCAGACUAUACACCUACAUGAAGUCUUAUGAAAAGUCUCACAAUCAUUUCCGAAACCUUCCACCGAAUUAUUUGAUGGAUUUCAAUGAGUUUGUUAAACAGGAACAUUCCAUGUUUUUUACCGCUUUGGACAUUCAAGGGUGGAACAUUGAUUCGCACAGCCUUGCGGUGGGCGAGUUUCGCAUAGACUGGAAAUCCAGUCAAAGCAAAAAGACGAUAUAGUUUUGUGUUCAUAAAUAAAUAUUUUAUUUAUCUGUU